AUGGAUCCCCCCAAAGUCGGUGACAGAAUCGACACCAUCGAUACUCCCUCAAUGAUCGCAGACCUCGAUCUCGUCGACGCCAAUCUCAAGAAACUAAUGGGCAAGCUCCUCCCAACGGGUCUGAACAUCCGCCCGCAUCUCAAAACAACCAAGAGCGCGAUCCUCGCGCGGAAGAUGAAUGCCGCAGGCGCAAAGGGUGUCUGCGUGGCGAAAGUGAGCGAGGCGGAAGUCAUUGCCGCGACGGGGUUUGACGACCUGCUGAUUACGUGCGAGAUCGUGGGUCCCGCGAAGGUGAAGCGGCUGGUAGAGCUGUUUCGCAAGCACCGCAGCAUCAGGACAGUGGUUGAUAGCGAGGUUGGGGCGAGCGCGAUCAAUGAUGCGCUCGCGCGGGAGGGGAUUGAGGAGCCGAUUUCUGUGCUGAUUGAUCUGGAUGUCGGACUUCAUCGCACGGGCGUUCAGCCUGGUGCGCCGGCUGUGGCCCUGGCGAGACAUGUGAGCGGGUUGAAGCACCUCAGGCUGAUUGGUGUGCAAGGGUACGAGGGCCAUUUGCAGCACCUGCAUGACUACGACGACCGCAAGGCGCAGUGUCUGGCGUCUAUGAAAAUCCUCACCGAGACGGCGGAGGCGCUGCGGAAAGAAGGAUGUGACAUCCAAGUCGUGACGACGGGAGGUACAGGCACGGCCGAGUUCUGCGCCACCGUGCCCGGCGUGACGGAGCUGCAGCCGGGAUCGUUCAUCUUCAUGGACACGGACUACCGGAAUGCCGUGGGCACGUUCUACUCGAACAGUCUGACCAUCUUGUCGACUGUGAUCAGCAAGCAGGGCCCGCGGUGCGUGACGAUCGACAGCGGACUCAAGUCCUUGACUACUGAUAGUGGGUUGGCGGAGUGCAAGGAUUCCCGGUAUGCGUAUGGGGUACUGGGGGAUGAGCAUGGUUCGCUGAGUUGGGAGGAGGGGACCCCGGAUCUGAACGUUGGGGAUCGCGUGGAGAUGAUUCCGAGUCAUAUUGAUCCGACGGUCAAUCUGCAUGACUUCUAUUAUGCUUAUCGGGGGGGUGUCAUUGAGGAGAUUUGGCCGGUGGAUUCGAGGGGGAAAGUUCAAUAG